UUUCCUCAGUAGUAACCUAGCUAAUAACAUGGCGAAGACUUACGAUUACUUGUUUAAACUACUUUUAAUCGGCGACUCGGGCGUCGGAAAGACCUGCGUGCUAUUCAGAUUUUCAGAAGAUGCCUUCAACUCAACGUUUAUCUCUACUAUAGGUAUUGACUUCAAGAUCAGAACAAUAGAAUUAGAUGGAAAGAAGAUCAAGCUACAGAUAUGGGAUACAGCAGGACAGGAGAGAUUCAGGACCAUCACAACAGCUUACUACAGAGGAGCCAUGGGCAUAAUGUUAGUGUAUGACAUAACCAACGAGAAGUCCUUUGACAACAUCAAGAACUGGAUACGAAAUAUAGAAGAGCAUGCCUCGGCUGAUGUGGAAAGGAUGGUACUGGGGAACAAAUGUGAUGUCAAUGACAAGCGACAGGUGUCCAAAGAAAGAGGAGAGAGGUUGGCGCUGGAGUACGGCAUCAAGUUCAUGGAGACCAGUGCGAAGGCGAACAUCAAUGUGGAGAAUGCCUUCUUAACCCUGGCCAGAGACAUCAAAGCAAAAAUGGACAAGAAGCUGGAGGGCAACAACCCCCAGGGCAGCAAUCAAGGAGUAAAGAUUACAGAGCAGCCGAAGAAGAGCAGUUUCUUCCGCUGCGUUCUCCUGUGAGGAGGCGGGAGCGUUGACAUCCACCAUCGCCUUAACUGUGCCCUUCCCCCCUCCCUCUCCACUGGACAGAACUGGACACUCUGCACACUCUGAUCUUUCUUUUAUCCUCCUUUAUUCAUCCUCCUUGUUCACAUCUGACUGUCUUCUGCUCCACCCGUCUUAGGAAAGCGAAUGCUCCCUUUAUCAGUCUUUCCUCAACACCUGCGGCCUCUGUUUCACACUUUAAUCUGAUAUCUGCGUCACAUGCUUCGAUUGACAGUUUCGACUUAAUCCUUUUGAUUUUAUUGACUUUUAAAGACCGUCUGCAAACGCUUACAGUCUUUGAUAGUUCGCUGUUUUAAAACUGAAGGUUAAUUAACUGUCGUCCCAUCAUCCUGGUCUUCACCUACAUGUUUUUUUUUUUUUUUUUUUUUGAAGUCCAUUUUUCAAUUAUCACCAAAACCACGCUUCCAAAAGUAUUUGUCCAUGUGGCUUCCAAAUUUUUUAUGUCAACCCCACUUUUGUGUCUCUAGUUUCUGAGGUGAUGAUACAUUUUACAUGAUGGUAUUGUUUUGUUUUUCAACAUCCACUUGUAGAUAGACGCAGUGUGUAAAUAUCCAUGAUGAUUCACCAUGUGAAACAGCAGUGCCAGAGCAUAUCAGGAUUUACAUGUUCCGUGUCCAUCUUUUCCUCCUCAUGUGUCUUUGCUAUUUUCUUAGGCUGUAACAUUCCAUUUCUGUUGACGAACAAUUUCUAUGUGCAAUUUAUGUGUGUGAAGCCCAGGUUUUUCUCUGUUUCAUCAGCGAAGUAUGUUGUAAAUGCACAGAGAUUCCUUUUCUAGUUGCUUUGUUAAUCACUUCCGGUAUUACAGGAUCGAAAAGCGCAGUCUGAAUACGGAAGAGGAUAAUCUGAUGCACUUGUCCUGGUGGGGAAGCAAUACCCGACUCUGACACCUGGAGGCAGUACAGUACAGUUACACGAGGAAACACAGUGACGAUCAAAUCAUUGUUUUAUGCAUUUAUCCUUCUUUGUCUUGAUAUUUCCAACGGGGGGAACUUAUAAAUGCCUGCUUCCUGGGCCUAGGAUAGGGGCUGUGCUGUAGCAAUAUUUAUGGAGAGAAAACAAACAUAGCACCAAAAUGACAAAGUGCCCUUUUUAUGUUCAUAUUGAUUAUGCACUUUUCCUUUGUUCCUCUUAAGCUCUUAACAUUUGUUGACCAUGUUUAUCACAAGUCUUAACUGAAAGCAAACAAUAUUCCUGCGCAGGUUUUCCAUGUACCUCAUCUGGGCUUCCUAAAAACAUCUGAGCACUGAAAUAUUUUUUUUUAAGUAAAAGCAAUCAAGAUAAACAUAAAAUGUGUAAGAUUUGGUGAUAUAAUGGUCUUUCCUGUCGCAGCAGUACCAUUUGUAUUUCACUUUUCUUGAAGUUUUUACACAUUUGCAACACUGUCUGCUUUUGGGAACCCCAGAUGCCUUGACCCUUCUCCUCCUCCUCCUUCCACCCUUCGAAUGUCCUCCUCAUCUUCUUUUUGGCCCAGUAUUACGGCCAUCUGAACUAUGCAGUCCGGGUCCAUAGAAAACCUCAAAAAGCUUUGCACUUGUGACUUGACCAGCUUUAUUUGAGAUUAGACAUUGUGCAAAGGAUCCCUGCUGUUUUAUUUUUUGCCGUCACUCCAAAUUGCGUUUACUGUGUAGAUGAGCUUUUCGGGCUCGAGAAUAGGAAAACAACUGAAAACUGAAUUUAAAAAAAAAAUCCAAUCACCUCAGACAUACAGUAUAUGAGUAAGAGCAAAUAACUCUUAGUGG